UUAGACUAUUGUCAACACCUAAUCCUUAUCUUGUCAACUAUCCUCAAUUUUCCAUCUCCUUUUAUGUAUUUUCUCAGCUGCCAGUCAAGAGAUUCCUGAUCAAAUCCUUAUAAAACCCUCCAACUUUCACCAUUGUUUCUCAUCUCUGAGAGCAGAACCCUCAAAACCCAUCUCUCAUGUAUGAGGAUCUAGCAUCCCCUUUAGUACUUUGCAAAUUUUUUUUCAUAGAUUGGUAGUUUAAGUUCCCAAUUUCCUUCCCAAAAUUCAUUCAAUUGGUGGUUAUUUUUCAGUUCAAUGGGGGAAUUUCCUGGUCAUCGUCCUACCUUCAGCUGCAGGAAUUGCAGAAACCCCGUUGCUUUCUGGCAAGACCUCAUUUCUAAAGAUUUUUGGGGAAAAUCUGGGCGAGCAUUCUUGUUCCACCAUGCAAUGAACAUAGUUGUGGGGGAAAAGGAGGAGAAGCAGCUCAUCACUGGACUUUUCACCAUAGCCAACAUCUCUUGCAGCAACUGUGGGGAGGUGAUGGGUUGGAAGUAUGUGCAGGCUUAUGAGCCAAGGGAGAGGUACAAGGAGGGGAAGUUCAUAAUUGAAAGAGCCAAGAUUGUUAAGGAAUACUAGUAGUAUUUAAAGGCCCCAUUUGAGGGUAUCAUUGUAAUAUUUAUAUCUAAAGAACCAUGCCUUAAACUUGUGUUUUAGAUGCAUAUGGUCUUUUGGUCUUUCCUAGCGGAA